AGCCACGAUGGACGUCGUAAACCAGUUAGUUGCCAAUGGACAAUUCCGGGUGCUGAAAGUGCCUCUGGGCUUCAUCAAAGUCUUGCAAUGGGUGUUUGCCAUCUUUGCAUUUUCCACCUGUGGGACUUACUCGGGAUCCUUUCGCAUGAAGGUGGAGUGCAAAAACAGAUCAGACAGUAACCUGAAAAUAGACGUGGACUUUGAAUAUCCAUUCAGGCUUCAUCAAGUAUACUUCGAUGCCCCAACAUGCAAGGGAGGUCAAACUGAGCAGUACUUCCUUGUGGGCGACUACUCAUCUUCCGCCGAGUUUUUUGUUACCAUUGGUGUCUUCGCUUUUCUGUACUCCAUGGCAGCUCUUAGCAUCUAUGUCUUUGCCUUUGAGAAGUACCGUGAAAACAACAAGGGGCCUCUGAUUGAUCUUGGUGUGACAUGCGUGUUCACCUUCAUGUGGCUGGUGAGCUCAGCGGCAUGGGCGAAAGGAUUGUCAGAUGUGAAGACAGCCACAGAUCCAGAUAAGGUGGUAAAUCUUAUCCAGGCCUGUGAUCUGGAGGGAUCAGUCUGCAGUGAGGUUCACGACCCUGUCAUGUCCGGCCUUAACACCUCUGUGGUCUUCGGCUUCAUGAACCUGAUCUUGUGGGCUGGCAACAUUUGGUUUGUCUUUAAGGAGACAGGCAUUGUCGCCCCCUUCAUGCGCCAACCACCCGCCCAGGAGAAGCAGCCAGCCCCUGACUCCUAUGGACAGCAGGGCUAUGGCCAGCAGGACCCAUACUCUGGCUCCCAGGGUGGAUAUCAGCCAGAUUACAGCCAGCAGGGCUACAACCAGGGUGCAGAUUACGGUCAGGGUGGCUACAACCAGCAGGGUGCGCCCACCUCUUUUUCCAACCAGAUGUGAGAUGGACCAGUGGAAGUUAACAAUAACGACUGGAAGAGGGUGAUUGUGUGAUUAGGAUAGUGUGGAACCUGAACCCUACCCAAACACCCACACUCUUCCCUGUAUGUGUGUUUGUGCGUAUAUCUUUGGAUGUGAACUUGGAAAGAAAACAAGUGGGUGGUGGGGGGCAGUAAAUACGUCUGGGCUGUGGGAGAAAACGGGGGGUUAUUCUUUGUGAUGUUUAUUAUUGUGAUGUAUAAAAUAAAAUCAAACUGUUAUGUAUGAUCAGAGAAAGAAAUAUAAAAAACGAAGAAAAAAAUAUAUUGCUAGAUACAUUUUGAAUUGACGACGGUGACAAUAGUAAUGCUUUAAGAGAAUGUAUUUGUCUGUGUUGUAUAAAUAUCAAAAUGAACAAAUAUAUAUAAAUAUUUCCUAAAACA